AUGAUGCAGAAAGAAAUUGAUAAGAGUUCGGAAGAAUGGAAAUCAUCAACCAAACGCGAAACUCUUCUAGGAAUGGAGCAGGAACUGAGGAAUCUCAUAGAAACAGCACCACCCGACCAGAAAGAGGCUGUACAAAAAGAAUUGGAUUGCUUCCGCGUCUUAUUUUCACGAUUUCUACGAGCUAAAACCACUAUUGAAUGGAAAAAAAUUCAACCACUGCCCGAUAAUGCAAUUAUAUCCUAUAAAGAGUUAAAGCUGCAUGAUCCAAGCAAAGAUUUGGUGUCAGAUCGCCUGAGCAAAUUGGUUGUUGUAAAGUUAAAUGGUGGUUUGGGUACAUCAAUGGGUUGUAAAGGUCCAAAAUCUAUGAUUUCAGUUCGAAAUGACCUCACAUUUCUCGAUUUGACAUUGCAGCAAAUUCAGAACAUGAAUCGUACCUAUGAUGUCAAUGUACCAUUGGUUUUAAUGAAUUCGUUUAAUACGGACGAAGAUACGAAGAAAUUGUUGAGAAAAUACAAAAAUGUGCAAGUCGAUGUACACUCUUUUUGUCAGUCCAAAUAUCCGCGAAUAUUGAAAGAAUCACUCAUGCCGAUUGUCAAAAAUGUUUCUGAUAGUGAUCAUGAUGAGUGGUACCCACCCGGUCAUGGUAAUUUUUAUGAAGCAUUUUAUAAUUCUGGACUUCUGGACAAGUUCCUUCAGGAUGGAAAACAGUUCUGCUUUCUGUCAAAUAUUGAUAACAUGGGUGCAACGGUUGAUAUGAAUGUAUUGAAUUUCAUUGUACAGGAAGUAAACGGUCAUCAGCCAGAAUUUGUGAUGGAAGUUACUGAUAAGACUCGAGCCGAUAUUAAGGGUGGCACUCUGAUUCAGUACGAGGAUCGGUUAAUGUUACUGGAAAUCGCUCAAGUGCCAAAAGAUUAUGUUGAUGAAUUUAAAAGCGUAAGCAAAUUCAGGAUAUUUAAUACAAACAACUUAUGGGCUAAAUUAAAUGCAAUAAAGCGAGUAGUUGAACAAAAAGAAUUGGAAAUGGAAGUAAUUGUUAAUCCAAAACAUCUGGAUCGUGGUGUUGAUGUGAUACAGCUAGAAACUGCUGCUGGUGCCGCUAUCAAGAGUUUUAAAGGAGCAUGCGGAAUUAAUGUCCCUCGUUCACGAUUUCUUCCUGUCAAGACUACCUCCGAUCUCUUGUUGCUUAUGUCAAAUUUAUAUGAAAUAGAAAAUGGUAACCUAACAUUAAGUCAUCUUCGUUCCUUUCCAACAACUCCACUCGUCAAAUUGGGCAGUUUUUUCGACAAAGUACAGGAAUAUUUGAGACGUUUCCAGGGUAUCCCAGAUCUGCUGGAAUUGGAUCAUUUAACAGUAUCUGGUGAUGUAUGGUUUGGCAGGGAUGUUGUAUUAAAGGGUACAGUGAUAAUAAUAGCGAACCAUGGUGAUCGUAUAGAUAUUCCACCAGGAACCAUUCUUGAAAACAAGAUUGUUUCUGGGAAUCUUCGAAUUCUGGACCACUGA